UUCUUUAAGCUGCUGCCGCUGUCGCAAAUGCUGCUCUUUCUGCUGCCUGUCUUUGUUGACCAACCGAUCAUUAUACCUGUCUUACCUUUUAGUUGUUAACUGAGCGCCAUGCUGAAGACGUCACUAACAGAAAGAUACCAAACAUCAACGCUUAAAACGAUCAAGCCAUAAUUUAUUUAGACAAAGAUUUGUUAUUAUACAGUUGUAUGUGUGCGAGUAGUGAUCGUGGUAAUUUCAACAAAAAAAUAAGAAGUGUAGACAAUUUCAUAAGAAGUCUUUCAAAGAAAAAUUAAACAUUUAAGAAGAUUUUACUACUUAGUAAACAUUACGUGAAAGGAAAUGUACCGAUCAUGACCCAGUGAUCUACAAAAGAAAAGAAAAUUUUGUAACAAUCUGAAAUAAGAGAUUUUGUUUUUUGAAGAAUCACGAUGGAAAGUGUUCUAAUUCACAAUAAUAUAGAUGAUAGGCCUAAUGAUAAUAUAGAUCACUUAAAAUGUGGCGAAGUUCUGACUUGGCAAUGUGCUGGUGAAUCGUAUGCGGUGAUAUGUAAACUCUGUGAAGAUCAUCCUUUAUGCCCACUCUCAGAAUUUCCACAACACAUGGAAAUAUGGCAUACAGAUUGGCAGCAGGAUUUCGAAAUAGAUAAGGAGCCUAACGAAGAUCUUCACAAUACUAAAGACGACGGCGACGAUGAUGAUAAUGAAGAAGAUCAAUUUUUUUAUUAUGAAGAUCACAAUGAUGAUCAUGCUUUAUCAUUUACCACUGAAGAUAGUGGUUGUUUAUUUGAGUCAGACGAUAAUUUACAACAAAAUGAAAGAGUGUUAAAUGUUAAUCCAAUAAACAAUAAUGAAGAAAUUCUAGAACCAUUUGAACAGGUAUUAAUAGCACAAGAAAACAACAAUAGCCCUAAUGAAGAUUCUAUACCGAUUAGAGAAGAUCUUAAUGGCGCAGAAGAAUGUUUAAACGAAGUAAACAAACAGGUAGCAGAGGUGUUAGCAGCUGUAAAUGACAGUGAGCAGGAGCAAAGGUCAAAUUUUAAUAUAAACAAAACAUUGAACAAAAGAAAAUGUAAACAAAAAGAACAUUCUAAUGAAUUAGCAGAAAAAGAGAGAGAUUUUGGAAAUUUACCAAAUAUAAGAGAGAGUGAAAGAAAUGUUUUAAAAGAAAAUGAUAAUGUUGAGAAAGUAACAAAGUCUAGAAAAAUUUUAAAGAAUAUUAAAGAAAUUGAAGAACAUUUAGAAGAAUUAAGUGAAAAUGAAAUAAGUGAAAAGGGAAAUGCACAAAUUACUGAAAAAUAUCAAGAAUUUAACGUGAAUGAUAAAGAAAUAGAUGAAACUGAUAGGGAAAUAACAAAAUUUGAAAGUGAAACAAGUGAAAAUGAAACAAAUUUGGUGAAAAAUUUACAAAAAUUUCAUGAACCUUUAAAAUCUUGCAAGAGAACUAGAAAAUUUAAAAUAAAUUUAAUAGAAACUAAAAAAUCAACAAAUCAACUAAAAGAAAUUAGCAAAAAUUUAAAGAAAUCAAAAGAAAAUGAAACCGAAAUAAGUGAAAUUGAAACAAGUGAUUUUGAAAAUUUUGAAACAAUUAGAAAAACUAAAAAAUCUUUAAGAAAUUUUAAAGAAAAUUUAAUAAACCAAAAAGAUUUAAAAGGAAAUUUCAAAGAAACACAAAAACCAAAAGAUAAUGAAACAGAAACAAGUGAAAAUGAAACAAUAAGAAAUUUUGAGCAAAAAACUAAAAACUCUCGAAGAAAUUUUAAAGAAAUAUCAAAAAAAUCAAAAAAUAUCAAAGAAAAUAUAAGAAAACUCCGAAACACGCAGAAACUAAUAGAAAAUGAAAGAGAAACAAGUGAAAAGGAAACAGAACAAAGUGAAAAUGAAACAUUAACAAGUGAAAAUGAUACAAAAACUAGUGAAAAUGAAAGCGAAACAUCAAAUGAUCUCAAUUACAGUAGAAAUUCUAAAAAAUUACAAAUUUUCGACAAUUCCUUUCGAAAUACUCAAGAAAAUUUUAAAAAUAUACGAAAUUUUUCAAUAAAUUUAAGAAAAAAUUUGAAAUUGGUACAAGAAUUACAAGAAACGAAACAAAAAGUUGAAAGAAACCAAGAGAAUUACGAACAUAAUAUAAUAAACAAGAGAAAACUUAGAGAAAAUCAAGAGAAUUCAAGACAAAAGGAACGAGAGGAAAUGAAACAGUUGAAAUCCAUUGGCAGAGAAACAAAUGAAAGUGGAUGUUUACAAAAAUUUAGAAAAGACCAUAAUUUAACACACAAUGUUAGACAAAAAUCUUGUAAAACUAGAUGGAGCAAAAGAAAUUUGAGAAACUGUUCCAGAGAGUUUUCCGAAGAGGAACAAGGGGGGAAAGGAUUUAGAGAUUUGUAUAAAAAGGUAAUUAAACUUCAAGAGAGCUUUGAAAAUUAUACAAAAUCUUUGCGAUUUCCUGAAGCAAAUGGCACACGAACUAGAAAAUCCAAAAUUAAAUUAAACGAAGAGCCAAUGAUCGCGGAAAGUGAUUUGAGCAAUGAAGAGAGUGGUAGUACAGAUUGUUCUAGAGAAACUAAGAGAAAAUUUCAAAAUUAUAAGGAGCUAGAUUUAUGCCCCUUUGAAACAUUACAACAAACUCAAAAACCGCUUAAAAACCCCAUCAGACAUGGACGCCGAUCAAGUAAGAGAAGAUUAAAAACAUCAAAUGAAGAUCAUACGCUUGCCAAGAGAACAAGAAGAGAAAGUUUCAGCGAAACAUCGGACAUUUCAGAAGAGAUAUCUCCUAACAACUCUGUAAAGGAAGGAGUUAACAAAACUAUAAAACAGACUUUGGUAACCCAAUUUUUUAAGAAUGAAAAUGUUAAAACUAAAGCAACAGAAAUUUCUGAAAACUCUGGACCAAUUUCAAUUAGCCCUACUGGCAUAGAUGUAAACGAUACUUGCUCUCUUAUUUCCCUUAAUAUUACACCAGACAACACUUCCAAUAAUGACAACUCUUCGUCAAUAUCCCCGUCUCCUUUACCUUCACCCAUAACCGAGGAAGAACAUUUCGAAUUCAAUGAAUCCAAGAAAGAACAACUUAACAAACAUCAUAUUGAAGAUUUAAUCAAACUCUAUCAGGAACAUCCCCGUCUAUGGGAAGAAGCUCAUCCGGAAUUCUGUGAACCUGAACUUUGUCGCAAAUCCUGGCAACAGAUCACCCAACAAUGGAAUGCUAUUUGUCAACGUAAAUUCACAACCGCUGAAGUACGCAUACGUUUGGGUACGCUUUGUCAAAGAUAUGUACAGGAGAGAGAACGUCUUGCCUUGGAGGGAGAACUAGAUGAGUUUACCAAAUUUCCCCACUAUGAACAAAUGCAAUUCCUGGAACAGCAAGAGUCUCUGCAAAAGAGAAGUGAACUGCAGGAGCAACAAAAUGAGAAAAUCUUGAAAAUUUAUCAACUAUUUCCUCUGCUCUGGCAUAUCAACUCGUAUAAAGUGCGCGAAAGUAAAGAGCGGGCCGAGGCCUAUGAGAACAUUAGUCAGUCCUUGAAAUUGUCAGGUUUACACUUAUCCUCGAAGGCGGUUCAGAAACGCAUACGUUCGCUUAGGAAAUGUUUUCGUUUAGAGAAAAUACGCUACCUUAAUGCUCAAGUAGAGCAAACACCCUUCGAGUCCAACUUUUGCCAUUAUGAGAGAAUGAAGUUUUUGCAUCAGCACAUCGAACCAUUUAGGUGUCGCAUAUGUGGUCGAAUAUUUGCGAAUUUGUCACGAUUCCGUGAGCAUUUGGAAGAGGAAAAUCAUGGUGAUGUACUGCAGGAGGACAGUGAAAGUGAGCAGGACGAAGAGGAGAAGGGAAAAGACAAGAUUGGCGAUAUAUUAGAAUUGGAAAAUUCAAAAGAAUCAACCGCUUCUGUUCCCUCGGAACUAGGAAUAUCUUCAGAAGUUUUACAAACGUUUACUCCCUUGCCCACUAGCCCAUUACCUAAUGAGGAACUUGUCACUAGUGCAAACCUGGAUACGGCACCCAUAAUUCAGGAAGUCAUUAUUUUUCCUCCACCCACUCCCGUCGCAUCCUUUGUAGAUUCUUUACAUCUGGAAAACCAACUCAUGGAGGAAAUUAUGGAAAAUGUUAGUAAUGACGAUAGUUUCACACAAAAAUCUUUGGACCAGUUCAUAAACUCGAUUACCAGUUCAGAAGAGUUGAGUCCAAAUAGUGUUAUCAUAGAAGAAACUUUAUCUUGUGAUGUUAUGGAUAUUGGAAUAGAGAAUUCGAGCCAUAAUAAUAUUAUAAUCCAGGAACCUGUGGCCUCUGAUAUUUUCGAAGAAGAAAUUCCAAUAGUUUUCAAUGAAACCCUGAAGGAAAUGGAACAAUCUUUUGAGGUUUCCAGUACAAUAACAAAUUCUAAAGAAAAGUUAUCAGGAUCUCAGGAAACACCGCUAGAUUCCACAGAAACUUCCUCCUCACCCGCUCCGCUUGUGGUUAAUGUUCAAUGUGAUGAUUUUUCUCUCGAUCUCAAGUUAAACUCACCGCCUUAUGAAAUUCUCAAUCCUAACUCAAACGAUUCUGAUAACGAAUUGUACUCCUCAGGUGAUAUAUCCACCCUGCCGCUGCCCGAUCUGGAAAUCCAUAAAAUGAUUGCUUUAUAUCGUAAAUAUCCACAAAUUUGGAAUCCUAAUCAUUUGGAUUAUAAUUCACGCAAUCUAAGACGUCAGGCCUGGUGUCAACUUACUAAAGAAUUCAGCGCGGCAGUAGGUAAACAGUUCUCUUGGCGUACUUUACAUCGGAAGUUGACAGAUUAUGCUAAAUACUAUAAGAAACUAAUAACGGAGCAGGAGAACUAUGAUAAAUUGGAGAAUAAGUGGGCUUUCUAUGAGGAUUUCAAGUUUUUGGAUGAUGUGGUAGGUGAAAGAUAA